UUGGAUGGAUUUAUUUAAAUAUUUAAAUCACACAUAAACAUAACUCUGACUAGUCAAAUAUAUCUAAUUCUUCAUAAAUCUCUAAAUUAAUCCACUUAUUAUAUUUAAAACCUUCAUUAAUUUAACGAACCCUAAAACCAUCAACAAUUGAAAUUGCCUCACCACCACCGCAAACAAUCGCCCGCCAAAUUUCCCGACCAUGCACCCGAUUACUUGUCGUCUCCGGCUGUUAAUAUCUUCACCCUCUUCUUCUCGAAUCCGAAUUCAAGCUCGCAGCCUUUUCUCUUCAUUCUCCGACGAACCGAGCUGCCGGAGUCGGUCCUUGUUCUUCGAUGAUCCCGGAGAACCAGGCACCGGAAGUCUCGUCUACCGACACACUCUCAAAACACAACGUCCUUCCACAAUUCGGUGGCAAAAGGAGCUAACAAAUUCCGCCAGCUUUAUCGGCAGAGUCUAUACCCCUGUUAAAACGUUCACCACUAGAGACGGUAAACUCGUUGCCAAUACUCUACUCAGAGUGGAAUCUCCAUCAGACUCGAAGAAAUUUCUUACGAUAUUAUUGACCAUGUGGGAAGAUAUGGCAGAGUUAUCUAUCCAACAUCUAAAACAAAAUGACUGUAUAUAUGUUUCAGGGUAUCUCGGAUCAUUCACAAAAGCUUCCAACAAUGGAGACAUCAUAUUGAGACACAAGGUUACUGUGAAAGAAAUAAACUAUGUUGCAAAUAAUGAUCAAACGGCUAGCAAGAAUAAAGAAGAUCCAGAAGAAUCACCUCUGGAAAAACAAAGAAAACGUCUUCACUUGUGGCAAGUGUUCUUUGCCAGCCCACAUGAAUGGAAGGAUUUAAGAAAGCGAAAGACGAACCCAAGACAACCUGAUUUUAUGCACAAGGGUACCAGAGAAGCUCUUUGGCUUAACCCGUUUGAUCCACCAUGGAUUAUGAGACAGCUACAGCUGCAGGAUUCUAGAAUGGGUGGCAUGGGUCUUGGAGAACAUCUAAGUAAUCGUUCAAGUCUUUCCCCAUUGAGUUAUGAAUCAGAUUAAAGAAACAAAGAUCAAAUUGCAUUGCAGCUUCAAACGUGCCAGAAAUUUGAAGAAAGUUGGCGGGUAAGUUUACUGUAAAGGUUGUAAUUAUAAAAUAGUUUGCACAUUCAGAGUCACAUAACCUGCUUCCUUCCUGUUGCUGAUCUCCCUUAACUGGAGAUCUGUGUUCCAUUACUGAGCAUAAUGUAAAACGAGUAAUAUUCGGUCUAUAAUCUGAAACCCAGGUAGGAUUUAGGAUU